AGAGAGAGAGAGAGAGAGAUGGGGGGGGAAGCGAGGCGUGUGCAGUCCCGGCUCGUACAGCAAUGCUACUGGUCUGUGUGUACUGAUAGUGUCACAGCUGUUACUGAGAGCACAGGGAACUGAGGGCAGGGCGCUGCUUCACGUUGCCCCAACCACCACACCGCCAAAGCUAACAUCAAGCAGGAAGGUCCUCCUCAAGCAGACCUGGACUACUCUACAGAUAUCUCUCCACGGGGCUGAAGCACGGGCUUUCCUCUCCUCCUGUGGGGACAUCAGUCAUCGAAAGGGAUUUAAAGUUGUUCUUUUUUUUUGACGUUCAAAAUGCAAUGACGGUACAAUCAUGUUCCUUUUACGUAUCUGACACAUUCACGGGAAGGGCAGAGAGGAAGCGUGAAAGAGGAUAAAACUCAUCUGCAGGCAGUUUGAAACCCAUGGAAUGGGCCGGGUGAGCAGAAGAUGAGUCGAUGAAAAAUGAUCAGACCUUUUGUGUAUGUGGGGUUCAACUUAAAAGAAAAGCUUUGGAGGACAUACAAAACUAGCUUCUGUACAGGACCGCAUCUGAACUGAGACAGAAAGCUCUCCUGACAAAUAUGGAGAGUCUCAAUAUCACAAAUCAUACAGUUAACGAAGUGGUAUUUAAACCAGGAUCGUUGUUCUUGCUGGUGAUCAUCAUCCUGACCAUCGUGGUGGGCAACCUGCUGGUCAUCGUCGCCAUCACUCGCACCUCCCAGCUACAGACCACCACCAACAUCUUCAUCAUGUCCCUGGCCUGUGCCGACCUCAUUAUGGGCAUCCUGGUGGUACCGCUGGGGGCUACCAUCGUGGUGACGGGGAAGUGGCAACUCAGCGCCACCUCCUGCGAUCUCUGGACCUCGGUGGACGUGCUCUGUGUCACGGCCAGCAUCGAGACGCUGUGCGUGAUCUCCGUGGACCGUUACGUGGCCAUCACCCGGCCACUCAGGUACAAAAUGCUACUGAGCAAAUGGCGGGCCCGCAUCAUCGUCUGCGUGGUGUGGGCCGUCUCCGCACUCAUCUCCUUCGUGCCCAUCAUGAACCAGAUGUGGCGAGCCACGGAAGUGGAUGCCCAGAACUGCUACAACGACCCCAAAUGCUGCGACUUCAUUACCAACAUGCCAUUCGCCAUCGUGUCCUCGGUGGUGUCCUUCUACAUCCCCCUGCUGAUCAUGAUCUUUGUCUACGCCCGCGUCUUCCUCAUCGCCUCCCGGCAGGUCCGCCUUAUAGACAAGGACCGGCACCGCUUCCAGAACGAGUGUCCGACGACCCAGAAUCACCACGGCAACAACAACCUUCCAGUCUGUACCAGCACUGGCCCAACACGCAAGAAGAGUGCCAAGCGUAGACCGUCACGCCUGACUGUGGUCAAGGAGCACAAAGCUCUAAAGACCCUUGGAAUCAUCAUGGGCAUUUUCACUCUGUGCUGGCUGCCCUUCUUCGUGGCCAACAUCAUCAACGUCUUCUUCAAGGCUCAGCCGGAGAUCUUCCGCUUGCUUAACUGGCUGGGCUACAUCAAUUCGGGCCUCAACCCUAUAAUCUACUGCCGCAGCCCUGAGUUUCGGGCAGCUUUCAAAAGUCUCCUGGGCUGCCCCUGGAUACCUGCUCACCGCCUGAACAGCCUCUACAAAGAGCUGCGGAUCCGGUGCCCAUGUUUCCUGGGCUCGGCGGAGGUCGGGGCAGGAGCCUCCUUCCAGAAGGCACCGGCGGUAAAGGCAGACCAAGAUGACAGCCUGGGUAGCAGUCAGAGUAGCUACAGAAGUGAGGAGCCCUCUCCCGGACCUCCACACUCCAACGGCAGCACACAGUUCAGCGACUUCUCAGAGCCUGAGUCAGAAUUUUUUUAUUUACAGGAAAAGGAGUGAUAAAGGGAACGCACACAGCUGGAACCUCUUAGUACUGAAACGAACUGACUUAACAGUGACGGGAGGAACGGGCCAGGUACCGCUCCAGUGUGACAAUGGGUAAGACGGGGCAGCGCACAGAAAGUCGGGGAGGAGACGGAGUCGGACGGCACGGUGCCCAACCCGCAGGGCGAGGAGCUGCUCCCAGCCUCCCAUUUCCUGUGAAUGCGGGCGAAGCUGGCCAGCGAUGGGAGGUACCCCGCGGGAACAGAGAAGGAGCAUUCAGGGAACCAUAGGAGCAGAAACACUCCGAGUUCAGCCAGGUCUCGGUCGCCACUGAAGAACAGAGAGAUCUUUGGCAGCGCGGCUGUAUCCUGGCCUGCCCGGGCCCGUCCAGCGGGGAGCACAACCGCAGCAGCUGAACUCGGAUGGUCCAGGCAAGCCUGUGCACCAGCUUAACGUCGCCCCUCCAGCCAGCUACUCGAUCAUUCACGCCCUGCACCAUGUACCAUAGUAUGUCCUCUUUCAGCACUGUCGUUAGGAAAUAAGUACAAGCAAGUAGAAUAUAUACAAUGUGGACUGUUGCUUCCAGUGUAACAGUGUGGUAUUUGAGAUCCAUUUUAUAUUUAAUUUAUUUAAUUUAUUUUUGUCCCCUUCCCUCCCCCCACCCACAUCUGUGAAUGUACAACUGUUUUAACUGCACAAUCCAUCCAAAAUAUCUUUCCGCUUGUUUUUUAACCCAAACGUAUACUCAGCUUUAUCAAGCCAAGGGAGUGGGGGCUUGGCAGGACAGUACGUCCCAGCGACUUGCACGACGCUAACUACGCAUGCGCAAAACGUGCGGGUUUUAAGGAGCGCCGGAAAGCCUGAUGGAUCUUUGUGAUUCAGAAACAAGACUGGAAGAAACUCGCUCCAAUCCCAUCUGAGACACGUUACACAAAUGGCUUGAUCUAUACACAAUACAAAGUAAAUCUUUUUGUCGUACUUUGAGACAACACGCCAGAUGUCAAGUCAUGAAUGUCCCAAGCCUCUUCAAAUACGCACAAUGAGGUUUUACCUUUAUCUCCAGUCCACCAACCAAGAAGAACAUCAAAACGGGUUCAACCUAAACAUUCAAAACAUCAAACUGCAGCUUCCGAUGUAAAAGAUGGGUUUUAAAAUGUCAAACUGUAGCUCAUUAAAAGUCAAACUCAGUUUUCAAUCUCGAGAACAGGAUGGAAAGGUUUGAGGCACUCAGAAUUGUCAGAUGUUGGAGCAUACAUUUUUUUUGACCAAAUAUUGUACAAGUUGUGUUUGUAAACUCUUUCAGUCUGAGUACUGACUUAUGUAAAUACAUAUAUUAAAAGCUGUAAACAUAAUCUAUAUAGAUUUUAUGAAUGUCUGUUGCAAGCGUCAUAUGGCAAUAUCAUGUUAACGUUAAAGAAAUGCUAGAGAGACCUGGCAAGUAGCGCUUGCAGUCAUGCAUCUGUUCCUGUUUUUUCCUCCCUUUAUUAUGUCAUUCACUUAAGUUGCUGCUAUAAUUUGUUUCUUCAAGCUUGCAAAAAAGUUUCAGAAAAAAAUUCCAUAAUUCAUAUGAAGUCUGAAAGUGUAACAGACGUAUAUUGUUAUAUUGUACAGAUCAUGUACAGGACAACGCACAAUAUUAUUUCGAGCAAGUUAAUAAAAAGGGUGUUAUUUUA